AUGGCGAUCGAGUAUGAAGUCGAAGCCGAAACCCAAGCUGAGCGCGAGAUAACCCUGACAACCCUCAACACCGCCCAACUCCUCGAGCAGCAAUGCGCCCAGUGCCCAGACAAAGAAGCAGUCCUAUCAAAAUGGCAGGGCGUCAGCUUGACCUACGAAACACUUUACAAAACCACGCGGGAAAUAGCAGCAACCCUCCUCCGGCACGGCGUCCGCCCUGGUGACCGCAUCGUCGUGCUAGCCGGGAAUUCGCUCGAGUAUGUGCAGCUGUUCUUCGCCGUCAGCGCCAUUGGGGCGAUCUUUACAAUCAUCAAUCCCACCUUUACGCCGGAUGAAAUCAUUCCGACCAUCGAGUUUGUCGAACCAACGGCCAUCUUCGUAGCGGACAGGAUCGGCUAUCGGAAGUAUGGACCGCUCAUUGCAGACAUUGCCAAGAAGAGACAGUCUGCUUCACUGGUCGUACAGCUCGGUUCGUCUCCGACAGUGGAUGGAGUACGCAGUUGGGAAGAAUUCCUGCACCCGGACCAGGAGGGCGGCGCCGUUCAAGACCCAAGCAUCGUGUCCUCAUACUGGGGAAGGUCUAACCCAAACGACCCCAUGUGUAUCCAGUUCACCAGUGGCACAACGGGCGCACGGAAAGCCGCGAUGCUCUCGCAUAGCAACCUGUUGAACAACGCGUUACUCGUCGGGCACCGGCUACGCCUCAUAUCAGAAGACAAAAUCCUCUGCUGCUCGCCGGUCUUCCACUGUUUCGGUCUCGUCUGCGGCGUUCUCGCGGCGAUCAUAUACGGAGGCACCGCUGUACUUCCCUCAGAUGUGUUCGUCGCAGAGGCGAGCCUGCGCGCCCUCUCCGAAGACCAGUGUACGGUCGUGCACGGCGUCGCUACCAUGUUCCAGGCUAUGCUAGAUCACCCGGAGGCCGGCAAACAUGCUCCACAUGUGCGCCUGCGAACGGGGAUUAUAGCCGGCUCCAGCUUAUCGCCCGCUUUGCUUGCCCGGCUGGAAAGUGUCUUUGGAUUCACGGGACUGGCGUAUGGAUAUGGGAUGACUGAGCUCUCGUGUAUUGUUUUCUUAACGGAUCCAAACGAAGUUUCUUUGGUGAAAGAGCAUACGUCUGUUGGCAAAGUGAUGCCUCUUACGGCUGCAAGGGUUGUUGACGAGAAUCUGAAAACGUUACCUCCCGGGACUGCCGGUGAACUGCUCGUCUCCGGGUAUCUCGUUUUCCAGGGAUACUACAAGAACCCGGAGAAGACCGCCGAAGCGCUUGUCAAGGAUAGCGAGGGACGAGUCUGGUUACGGACAGGCGACCUUGUCACGAUUGAUCAAGCUGGUCGGUGCACAAUCACCGGCCGAGUAAAGGAUAUGAUCAAGCGAGGCGGGGAAAACAUCUUCCCCGGCGACAUCGAACCAAUCCUCGAGUCCCAUCCCGACAUCACAGCCUGCGCCAUAGUCGGCGUCCCAGAUUCAUACUGGGGUGAAAUCAUCGUGGCAUUUAUCCAAGGCACGAAGGAGGCGAAGUGCGGGCCCACGCUGCGGAAGAAGGCACUGAAGCUGUGGCUGAGGCAUCGACUUGCGCCGCAUAAGGUUCCUGAGCAUUUCUUUGUCCUGGGGAGUGGAGGGGAUGUUCCGGACGAGAUGCCGAUUAAUGCUACGGGGAAGGUGCUGAAGAGGGAGUUGAGGGAUAUUGCGUCCUGUUUACUUCAGGGGGCGGGCGUAUGA